UCCGAAUGUAGCCGAAAAUUUUAUUCACCCAUGGUCAGAAAAAAAAGGCCGAUGAAAUGAAUCGGCUGUUGACCUUUUCUCUGUCAAAUGCGGAAAUUAAUAAUUUUCUAAUUUGUUUUGCGCUUUAAAUUCUGCGAAAUACGUUAAAGCACGUUGUUUACAGUGUAAAAAUGUCUUGGUCGGCUACUGCGCGAGUGUUGUGACGUAAAAGUUCAGGUCAAAAAUAGGACGAAGAAGAGAACUUGUUUGGACGCUUUUGGGGCGUUUGAUCGUUUUUGAUUGGAAAAUAGUUAUAAAUGGACCGGCAGAAGGAGUAUCAUGACCCGGACUACCCGGAGGCGUCGGUGGGCGCUGAGGAAGUGGUGGCGAGUACGUCUGAAGAGGACAAGAUAGAUAAAAUCAGGCGAAUAAUUCGCCGGGAGUUUUCAACCGAGCUGGAGACAAGGGAAAAUGAAGUUAUGCUCAUUGACCAGAGGGCACUCAUGGCAAGACGGAUGCUUCACCGACUUCGCUACGUUCUAGUGAACAACUAUUACAAUGAAGAACGACUGAAAUUGAGCAGUGGGCAAGUGCAGGACGAGGUGGCUGCACAGAGCGAGCCCAGGGCACGCGCGGCGGUCUCAGGCGUACUCCGUGACAACCAGCGUCGGUUGCACCCGUCGGUGCGCAAGCUGCUCGGCAAGCAGUCCUCGACGGUGGAGCUCCACGAGAUACUGUUCCGACGACGAGCACCUAGGAACAAGACUCGGAAGGAUUACUCAGCAAUGGUCCAAUCUCGUAACUACACGAUAGCAGCGGACACUACCAAGUCUCUGCGGCCGGCGUCCCCUGAACCGGAGCCCCGGCGCCCUAAGAAGGUCCCGCGACGAAUGGAGCCGAAGAUCACCAACGUGUUAAGCGUCGCUGACCCCACCAGGAACCAGACCAAAUACCGCUAUCGGAUCAUUAUUGGCAACACGUCGAAAUACGCGCCGCCAGCGUCGUCAGCGGACCGGUCGACCCACAAGUGGCUGCUGUACGUGCGCGGUCCGCCCGACCAGCCAGACUUGUCAGCUGUCGUGUCGGCCGUCACAGUCAGACUUCACCAUUCAUACGCGCCGCAUCAUACUGUGCAUAUCGACAAACCCCCAUUCCACAUCUCCCGCCGCGGCUGGGGAGAGUUCCCGGCGAGGGUGGAGCUGCACUUCCCAUUGCCAGAGAGAAACAGACCAGCCUCCAUAGAGCACACCAUCAAACUGGAUCGGAAUUACACCGGCUUCCAGACGUUAGGUGCUGAGACAGUGGUAGAUGUAUGGUUGUAUAGCACAGAAGACAUGCUCAAAUAUGAGUUCAAAGAAGAUAACACUGUAGAGAACAUUAAAGAAGAACCCACCGACCUAGAACCACAAACUGACGCAGAACCCAGUGAGGAACCAAUUGAGAACCAAUUUGAAAACUCCAUAUUCGGUAACAGUAUAAAUGACAGCGACAAACAAGCAGACAACUGGUUAGAUUUCUUCUCAAACACAACGGAGUUGGACGUAGACGAGAUGAUAAUUAAACCACAGAAGAAACCAGAGGAAAUCAACAUUGAGAAUGUCAUAGAAACCAACAUAAUACAAAAAGAGAACCCCGUUCAAAACCACGUAGAACCAGUUGUAAAACAAGAAAUUGAUACUGAAGAAACGGAACAAAAUACACAUUGGAAUGAUGGUACCAAUGUUAAUGUUAAAAAAGAAUCUGGAGAUAUACCCAAUGAGUUGCUUACACAAUCAACGUCACCCAAAAAGAGAAUAAUGAAAUACAUGGACCCGACGACAGGCAAAAUUUACUACUUAGAAAUGGACAGAAAGUUAGACUUAAGUAAGGUACAAGAAAUAGUCAUAAAUUCUAAAGGGAACGUCAAAACUGCAAAAAUAAGUCCAAUCAAACCGAACGGGAUGAGAAAUGUGAAGAAAAAUACCAAGAAAGGUGGUGUUUCUUUACUCAAACCGGAGAUUAAAAGCCUAUUGAAGAACGAGACGUCUAAAGUGCAAAAGAAAACGGUUUUAAGGAAAAACUACACGCAUAUUGAAAACGAUCAUUGCUAUUUAGGACCACAGACUUAUAGAGAAGCCAUACCACAAAACGUGUACACGGUUGACGUCCCAUAUUCCGAAGAAGUUAGUAUUAGUGUGAAACAAGAAAAAAGUGUAUAUGAAAGUGUUUGUGCAGCGUUGUUAAGGUUUUGUAAUAUGAAAGUAGCGGUAGAUUAUUGUUUGAGAAAUAUACCUUUAAUUUCGAAAGAGGCGAGGGAUCCGGACUUCUUGAAAUGUUUUCCGUUCUGUGUGGAGACGGAAGAGAAAUAUUGGAAGCUUGACUUUGCAAAGAGAAGAAAUAUAGAGUGGUCACGAGCGAAGCUAAUAAAUAAGCUGUGCACCGAACACCUAACCACGACAGAAACAAUAUGGCGGACGAAGCAAAUCCUCAUCUACUCCCGUCUCCAUGGCUACCACCCUGUCAGACCGGACACCACAAACAAACCCACCACCACGGACACCGAUUGGUCAUCGUGGACCGACUUGGAAAACUUGAGGAAGACCGACUCAAACAUAAGGGAAAUAUUCCCAAAUGCAACGGAUAUCACCACACUGACACGGUUUAACAGUGAAGAGUUCAGUCAGAAUCUAAGUGAAUCUUUGGACUUAACGGAAUCUGAUGAGGAGAUUGAAAUCGUUAAGUGGGAAGAAGCGGCCACAGUGAAAAAGGAAGUGUUGCCAGACUCGAGCAGUGAUUUACAAGUGUUGCCAGUACAAGAUGCGCAGGAGAGGCUGCGAUAUCUGUUUUUAGAAAGAAAGUGUGCGGAUAUCGGUAUUGAGUUGAGGAAUGAAGAUGUUGGAAACGGGUAUUCUUGUAGCGCGGUGCACGCGGUGCUGCUGUCGGCGGCCCGCAGCCUGGCGCAUGAACUGCUGCGCACGGCGCUGGCGGCGCGGCGCAGCGACCAGCGGGCUGCGCACGCGCUGCCGCCCACGUGGCUCGGUUCGAGUACCGAGCGCACUCUCAUCCGCCUAGAAGACGUGUACCGCGCCGCCGGCGACAACCCGCGGCUGCACGCGCUCACCUCUCGAUGCCUCGCCGUGCCGCGCACACAUCACUACGCGAUAUAAUACACCGUAUUUUCCA